GAACCUCCCCACUCCAGCUCCCCUCCCCUCCGACUGCCUCAGCAGCCGUCACCCACCCCACCCACCGCUAGCAGCAGCAAUGGUGGUCCCGGCGCACCGCCGCGACGCCGAGGCGGAACUGAACCUGCCCCCGGGCUUCCGCUUCCACCCCACCGACGAGGAGCUCGUGGCGCACUACCUCUGCGCGCGGGCGGCGGGGCGCGCGCCGCCGGUGCCCAUCAUCGCCGAGGUCGACCUCUACCGCUUCGACCCCUGGGAGCUCCCCGAGCGCGCCCUCUUCGGCCGCCGCGAGUGGUACUUCUUCACCCCCCGGGACCGCAAGUACCCCAACGGCUCCCGCCCAAACCGCGCCGCCGGGACAGGGUACUGGAAGGCCACCGGCGCCGACAAGCCCGUCGAGCACGCGGGCCGGACCGCGGGGAUCAAGAAGGCGCUCGUCUUCUACCACGGCAAGCCGCCGCGCGGGGUGAAGACCGAGUGGAUCAUGCACGAGUACCGGCUCGCCGGCGCCGGCGCCAAGAAGCCCGGCAAAGACGGCUCCCUCAGGCUGGACGACUGGGUGCUCUGCCGCCUGUAUCAUAAGAAGAACGAGUACGAAAAAAUGCAGGGGCACAAGGAGAAGGUCGUGGAGGCGGAGGCGUCGCUCACCGACACGCGCACGCCGGAGUCGGAGAUCGACGACGACGCGUUCCCGGCGUUCGACGACAUGGCUCCCGCUCCCGCUCCCACCACCGCCCCCGCCCCCGCCGGCGCCGUCCAGCCCAAGGAGGAGGUGCAGGAUUUCGGCAGCCUCGGCGGCGACGACUGGCUCGCGGGGAUCAACCUCGACGACCUGCAGAUGGACGCCGACUUCAACAUGCUCGUGUCGCCGGUGGCCCCCAAGGCGGAUCAGGACGGCGGCUUUCCGUUCUUCUGAGCCUGUGCUCUGCUCCGACUCCGAAGAGGGAUGCAGCUGCAAUUGUGACUGUGAAUAGUUCAGAUUUGUUCUCGAUUCAGAGAAACAAAAUCUUCUGCUGAUAUAUGUCUGGUUCUAGUGUUGUAGUGCAGAAGUAGCAGUAUGCAGUUUAGUUAAGGAUUGGAGUCCAGUGUAGUGGACUGAAGCUCGUCAUUGGAGCUGUGUCAAGUGACAACAUUCAUUCGUUUCUGGUUCAGUAGUUUAUCACCUCUAGUCUUAAUUAGAUUUGUUUCUUUGGAAUUCAGAUGGGAAAAUGGCAUGCAGCCCCGUUUAUGUUCCUUUGCCUUCUGAACAUUGGAUGAUUAGCACAUCUCUGUUUGGCA